AUGGCCUCUAUGAACUUGUUAGGUUUCUCUCUCUCACCACAAGAACAACACCCAUCUUCUACUCAAGAUCAAACCGUGGUGCCUUCUCUUUUUGGUUUCAACCCUCACGAUGAUGGUUCUGGUGUUCAACAAGGAGAUCACUGCUUUGAUCUCACUUCUCACUCUUCAACUCCUCACCAUCUUUCUCAUCCUUUUUCCAUUUAUGAAGCUUACCACACCAAUAACAACAUUCAUACCACUCAAGAUUGGAAGGAGAACUACAACAACCAAACUCUACUAUUGGGAAGUUCAUGCAUUAACCAAAAUAUGAACAAUAAUCAUCAACAGGUGCAACCAAAGCUAGAGAACUUCCUUGGUGGAAACUCUUUCACCGAUCAUCAAAACGAAUACGGUGGCAGCAACAACUCAUACUCUUCGUUACACCUUCCGUCUACUCAACCGGAACCAUCUUGUGGUGGCGGUAGUGGUGGUGAUGAUAGCACAAAUAACAACAAUAACAACUCCAUAGGUUUAUCAAUGAUAAAAACAUGGCUAAGAAACCAACCACCACCAGAAAGCAACAACAACGAAAAUGGAGCAGCACGUGUGCAGACACUAUCACUCUCCAUGAGUACUGGUUCACAGUCAAGCUCAUCGGUGCCUCUUCUCAACGCAAGCGCAACAAACGGUGAGAUUUCUUCGUCGGAAAACAAACAGCCACCAACAACUGCUGUAGUAGUACUUGAUAGCAACCAAACCAGUGCCGUCGUUGAAAGUGCUGUCCCUAGAAAAUCCAUUGAUACCUUCGGACAAAGAACUUCCAUUUACCGUGGUGUAACAAGGCAUAGAUGGACAGGAAGAUAUGAAGCUCAUCUUUGGGAUAACAGUUGCAGAAGAGAGGGACAAACUCGCAAAGGAAGACAAGGAGGUUAUGACAAAGAAGAAAAAGCAGCUAGAGCCUAUGAUUUAGCAGCACUAAAAUACUGGGGAACAACUACAACAACAAAUUUUCCUAUAAGCCAUUAUGAAAAAGAAUUGGAAGAAAUGAAACACAUGACAAGGCAAGAGUAUGUUGCGUCAUUGAGAAGGAAAAGUAGUGGUUUUUCUCGCGGUGCAUCCAUUUACCGAGGAGUAACUAGACAUCAUCAACAUGGUAGAUGGCAAGCAAGGAUUGGUAGAGUUGCAGGCAACAAAGAUCUCUACCUAGGAACUUUCAGCACUCAAGAAGAGGCAGCGGAGGCAUAUGAUGUAGCAGCCAUAAAAUUCAGAGGACUAAGUGCGGUUACAAAUUUCGACAUGAGCCGAUACGAUGUGAAAACCAUACUCGAGAGCAGCACUUUACCGAUCGGUGGUGCUGCAAAGCGGUUGAAAGAUAUGGAGCAAGUUGAAUUAUUGAGUGUGAAUGUGGUGGAUAAUAUUGGCCAAGAUCAUCAUCGUCAAAGCAUCAUCAAUAAUAAUGCUACUAAUUCGCAUUUAACCGAUCAAACCAUGAAUAACUAUGCAGCAGCUAAUUGGCAUGCUCUUUCUUUCCAACAACAACACCCUUACAAUACCAACAACAUGCAGUUACAGCAUUACCCUUAUGGUGCACAGACUCAAACUCAGAAGCUUUGGUGCAAACAAGAACAAGAUUCUGAUGAUCAUAAUACUUAUACUACUACUACUACUACUGAUCAUCAUAUUCAUCAUCAACAGCUACAGUUAGGGAAUAAUAACAAUAACAAUAAUAAUACUCAUAAUUUCUUUGGUUUGCAAAAUAUCAUGAGUAUGGAUUCUGCUUCCAUGGAUAAUAGUUCUGGUUCAAAUUCUCUUGUUUAUGGUGGUGGAGAUCACGGUGGCUAUGGAGGAAACUGCGGCGGAUAUAUGAUUCCAAUGGCUACUACUACUGUUAUUGGAAAUGAUGGUGGUAUUAACCAAAAUCAAAGAAGCAGCAAUAACAGUUUUGGUGAUAGUGAUCAGAUAAAGGGAUUUGGUUAUGAGAAUGUUUUUGGAGCUAGUGAUCCUUACCAUGCACAUGCAAGGAAUUUGUACUAUCAGCAGCAACAGUUAUCUGUUGAUGAAGGAUCAAACUGCAAUAACAAUAAUAAUUGGGUUCCAACUGCUAUUCCAACACUUGCACCAAGGACUACAAAUGUGUCUCAUUGUCCACCUUUCACAUUGUUGCAUGAAUAA